AUGGUCCGCAUAUCGGCGUUCGACGUAGAGCAAUGGAUGGACGAGUACGAGAUAACCCCAGGCUGCCUGAACAUCGCCGAGACCUGCGCCGCCUCCGUCUCCGUAAAUGAUCUAGAGACCCUCUCUGAGGACAAGCACGCGCCCGGCCCUGUCGACCUCUCCACAAAGCUAGUAUAUGGCCCCAUCCGUGGCUCCGCCCGGCUCCGUCAGAGAGUCGCGGCGCUCUGUAGCGGCGCCGGAGCCGGGGCUGGGUUCGACUCGGAUGACGCAAAUCCCGGCGUGCUCUGUGAAGACGACGUGCUCAUCACCCAGGGCGCCAUCGGCGCCAACUUCCUGCUGCUGUACACCCUGGUGAACUCCGGCGACCACGUCAUAUGCGUGUAUCCCACGUACCAGCAGCUCUACAGCGUCCCCGAGAGCCUCGGCGCUGAUGUCUCCUUGUGGAGGCUCAAGGAGGAGAAUGGCUUCGUGCCGGACGUGAGCGAACUCGAGGUCCUCGUCAAGCCCAACACAAAGAUGAUCAUCAUCAACAACCCAAACAACCCAACCGGCAUCCCCAUCCCAACCCCAGUCCUCGCCUCCCUCGUCACCUUCGCCAAAGCCAGAGACAUCAUUCUCUUCUCAGACGAGGUCUACCGGCCCCUCUUCCACAACCUCUUCUCCUCCGCCGGCGGGGACGCGGAUGUGCCCCCGCCCCUCACAACCUUUGGCUACCCCAAAGUCGUCGUCACAGGCUCCAUGUCCAAAUCCUACGCCCUAGCCGGCAUCCGCAUCGGCUGGAUCGCCUCCGCCGAUAAAUCCAUAAUCCAAGCCGUCGCCUCGGCACGCGACUACACCACCAUCAGUGUCUCCCAAAUCGACGACCAAAUCGCCUCCUACGCUCUAUCACCACCCGUCUAUGCGCCGCUACUACGGCGGAACGUCGGGCUCGCCGUCACUAACAAGGCUUUACUGGAAGCUUUUAUCGAGAGGCACAAGGGUGUAUGUUCUUGGGUAAGGCCUAUGGCUGGGACGACUGCAUUUAUACGCUUCACGCACAGGAACGGCGAACCGGUGGACGAUGUGCGGUUCUGUUUGGAUGUGUUGGAGAAGACGAAUGUGUUUUUCGUGCCGGGGUCAAAGUGUUUUGGUCACGGGAGGGAUUUCCAGGGGUAUGUGAGGAUUGGGUAUGUGUGUCAUACCGAGGUGCUUGUGGAGGCAUUGGAGAAGCUUGAGGCGUACAUGCGUAUAGCCUUUCCGGAGUAG